AUGAACUCAAACGAUCCAGAGAGUGCACCACUGUCGUCCUUGAAUGCUCAGCUCGUGGCACACGGAUACACCAAGCGGCCUCUCAAACUCACGGCACUCAGCAAUGCCGACCAAGCCCAUGUCUCAAGCGUCAUCUGCGAGCUACUGGGGGCCAGCGUUUCCAACCUCAACUCUCUGGAGGACCUGAACGCGUCCCACCGUACUCUGCAGUACGAACAUGAACGACUGGCAAAGACCAUUGAGAAGGGUGAACGACAGGUCGCACGACUGGAGAGCGAUGUCGAGGUGGCAAAGGCGCGCGCGGUUGAGGCCGAGCGCCGCGUCGCCGUGGAAGAGGAGAAGGUCAAGCAUCUCCGUGAGGAUGUGAACCGUGGACGCAAAGCGGUGGACAAUCUCCGUGUUGCAGCAGCACAAGAAGCGAAGCGGUCCCAAAUCAAGCUCGACAAGGUCCUUGGCCAGCUAGCACGCACCAUCCCCGCCGUACCUGUGGGGUUCGAGCUUCUCAACCCCCUGCCAGCUGGCGGUACCGCACCCGUAGCCCCCGGCCCUCUCCCAUUGCUCGAGCAGGCGCUCGCGGAUCUGGCCGACAUCCGACAAAGCCUGCAGGAGGAGACGGAAGCCUUCCGCACUGUGGUACUGAGCGCUGCCAACUCGCUACAAGAGGCCCUUUCGGCCGGAAUGGGUGACGAGCCACCGCAUCGCAUGCUUCAGGCCGACUUCUUCGCCAUGGACACGGCUGCGUUCCCUGGCCACCGAGGAGUACGGCAACAGGCCAGCUGGACCUCCCAUCCCGCCAUUGCAGAUGCCCGUCUUAAGGCCCUCAUUGCGGAUGUGCGUGUGGGACUUACAACUGAGGUGUCUCCGCUCAUGAGGGAUGGCAGUGGCGCAACCGAAGCAGAAGCUGAGGAGCAAGAAGCCGCUGCCAAACGUGAGCGUGAGAGGCAGAGGGCUGAAAGCGACCUGCGUGACAGGGUCAAGGAUCUCGAAGUCGAGAUUGCUAUUGCCAGAGGCAAGGAGCAGGAGGCCAACAAGGUCAUUGAGGAGAUGGCGAAGAUGAAUGUUGGAGCAAGUGUCCCAUCCACGACCGACUUUGAGGAUGCCCGUCUCCGCGACGAGCUCGUCCGUCAGAAACGUGUUCUCGACAACGAACGAGAUGCCUUGCGUACCGCAACCGUCCGUCUCACCGAGGACCGCGUUGCUCUGGACUCUGCCAAGGCAGUAUUCGAGGCCGACAGGGAAGCCGCCAUUGCAGCUGCCGUCGAGGCAGCGACCCCUGUCCCGGCCGCCAAUACUUCGCCAAUUCCCGUCGAAGCUGGUCCCUCAUCCCCACAACCACCAACGGCGCACGCCCUUCCUCUCAAUCCCGUCAUAUCAUGGGAGAAGAGCAGCACACCGCAAAAGCACAAACCCUCUUCCCCUUCCCCUCUGUCCCCCCACAAAUUGGUCCGUCGCACACCUUCGGGAUCGAAGCAGGGUGCAUCACACGUCCACGUGGCAGGGAAGCGCAAACCUCGUAAUGUGCCACGCACCCCGCUUAGCAGGCUCGUCCUCGAGCGAGCUGUGUUGGACCGUGAUCGCGCGAGGAAGACCAGUGGAGGCGGUGCAGGCGCGGUUGGGAAGGCGAGCGAGAGUGGCAACGGCAACGGCAACGGCAACGGGGUCUUGGGCGAGAGUGGCAAGCGUGUCAACCUCGCCACAUCGACCACAGAGUCCUCCGUGACAGCGGCGCCGUCAGGCCCGCGGACAGGCACAGCCCGUCUGUCAGGGGACAAGCCCCGCAUCGCCUUUUCGCCCGAGCACAAGGGUAAAGCCGUCGAACCCCAACGCCGUGUGUCUGGUCCGCCCACCGAGAAGCCUGACAGGACCGUGCAACCGCCCUCCAAGACAGAACCGCGCAAAUCGUCGUUAACGGCGAUGACAGCGGCCAGCGCCGCGCGAGCGAAAGAGAUGAAGGAGAUGAAGGACGGUCGAAACCAAGAAGCCAAGGACGCUGGAGCGGUGCGGAGUGCCGCCAAGACGGCGCGGGUGUGGCGCUGA